AUGGAGAGCUCUCGCAUUGACUGGAUUAUUGCCAAUGAGAGGAAUUACUACGGUAUUUUAGGCAUACCACGGGAUGCGGAUGAGAGGGACGUUCGUCGCAGCUACCUUACACUAGCCCUCCAACUCCAUCCGGACAAAAACAUCAAUAACAAAAGGGCGGGGGAGGCAUUUCGUGCAGUGGGCAAGGCAUACGCCGUACUGAAGGAUAAGAGGAUGCGUAUGAUUUACGAUGAGGGAGGCGUUGAUAGAGUUCAUGGGCUUGACGCGGAGGAUCUGUCAAUUAAAAACCUCAUGGCUGCACUAUCCAAACUUGUGGCUGCAAAAGUGCUUUGUAUUGUGGCACGCAGAGCACAUGCUGUCGAAAUAUUGAGGCAGAGGCAUGGUUGGGUGGACGCAUUCACUUCUUGGGGUCCGGCGGACGAUUUCGCAUGUCUCCAGAAAUCGCCCCGAGAAGCGGCCAGGCGCAUUGUACGGAAGGUGUUUAUUUCUGUCUUUAUGUUUUUUCUUUGCGUUUCAGUCGGCCAUACUUUUCUUCAAUUUAUUAGGAGGACGCCCAAUGAAGGGUCGAGUGAGGAACCGUACCGUCGGCUGUCACGGUAUAACUCCAACGACACGGGCGCCACGUUCACGAUUCGUGUGUUACGUGGUGGAAAGAUGACGGACACUGUCAUUUGGAGGCCUUCCAGCAUCAGUGAAAAUGACGCCAGAGCGCUGGUGCUUCAGUGGAUUCAUGAGAUGUGCCCUACAGAAAAGCUCUUGUCAUGGGCGUCGCGAGAGCGCUAUAAUCGCACGGCCACUCUUCGUGUUGGCCGGAAGUUGAGGGCGGCACCGAGUCCAAACCGUGCCUUAAGGCGGAAAUGGGCUCCCAAAGGCUGGAAAGUAAAAUUUCAAGAAUUUUUUCCCAUCACCUCUGCUGAGGAUUUAUAUGUGCCUUUACCUCUGUGUGAAGGCGUGGGAUAA